AGUGGCAGUUCGCUUUCAGUCGCUCAGCAGCACUUGGCGCGACUGGACACACGCGCUCGCUUCUCUCUCCCUGUGACUUGCGCGUUUUCUCACACCGCUGCUGCAUCGCGUGCGAGUAGAGCCUCGGGAUAUGGAAGAGUGAGAGACGGAGCCUCGUUGUUGUUGUUGUUGUUGUUGUUGUUUGUUUUUUUUUUUGUUUUCUCUCGAGAACCGACGGUGCGCGAGUUUUCGGACAGGAUGGAGUUACUGCUGCUGCUCGUCCCGCUGUUGCUGGGGAACGUCGCUGCCGAUCCGGCUGCCGACGCCGCGAGGGAAGACUGCCGGUGGAAGCUGAACGCCUGCACGACGGACGCCUCGGCGAACGUCCCGGUCUGCGGCAGCGACGGGCUCACCUACCCGAACCAGUGCAGGGUCAUAUCGAAGCAGUGCCUCGGCGAGUCUAUCCUGGUUAAGCACACCGGACCAUGCUCAGAAACGCCGCCCUGUCUGUCGGCGCGGGUGACGGCCCGGCCAGGCGCCCGCAUAGUCUGCCGUCCCGACGGCACCUACGCCCCGGUGCAGUGCCACCCGCAGACGAGUUACUGCUGGUGCGUCACGCCCCAGGGCCGACCCAUCCCGAACUCGACGGUGCGCGAGGGUCGACCCCGGUGCGCCCGAGCUGGCGCAGCAGCCGCAGCGGCCGUCGCGGGCAACGGCAGCGGCGCCGGCACCGGCCCCGGCGAGACCACGAGGAGCAGGGCUAACGGACAGCGCAGCAGGAGCUCGCAGAACUGGAAGCAGAGGAGGCAGUACAGCAACCGGCACAGGAACACCUGCGACAGGGUCGACAAGGCCCGCUUCAAUGGCAACCUCAUCGAGAAUUUCAAGAUCGAGUACAGGAGAAUCAACGGCUCGGCCGAAGAGAACGCAGCCGAGAAAAACGCGGAGCGCGUGCUCUCCUGGAAGUUCGGCAGUCUCGACAAGGACGGCGACGGCUACCUAGACCGGGACGAGUACAAGGAGCUCCGCAGACUGGCCAAGAAGGCGGUCCGCCCGAAAAAGUGCGCCCGGACCUUCGCUCGCACCUGCGACCUCAACCAAGACCUCAGGCUUUCGCGAGCGGAAUGGGGCGCUUGUCUCGCCAACGAUUUCACUCUUCUGCAGGGCAAUCCGUCACCGGUUCACGCUCGGCCGACGUUCAACGACGAUCCGCCGGACGCUAACGAUGACACUGACGCCAACGACUGCAUAUCGGACAGACGCUCGGUGAUGGAAGAUCAGCGUCAGAAUUCCGACCGGAAAUUCUACAUUCCGGAGUGCACGCCGGACGGCAGGUACCACAAAGUGCAGUGCUACUCGGGCUACUGCUGGUGCGUCUACCAGGACACGGGCAAGCCGAUACCGGGAACCUCCUCCAAGGACCUGACGCCGAACUGCAAUCCCGUACCCGUGCCCGACAGACCCAUGAAAGGUGAAUUCGACAUUUAUCCGCGCGAUCAAUUCAUCGAAUUUGACGAUAAAUCUUGCUUGCCCGCACGGCCAGGUUGUCCGGAGCCGAAGAAGCAGCAGUUCUUGCGCGACUUGAUGGACCUGAUGCAGAAGAAGAUGAAAGCCUCCAGCACGGACUCGGACGAGGCGACGGACAAGUGGCAGGCUUCGAAGGAGGAGCGCGUCGCGACCUGGCACUUUGUCAUGCUUGACAAAAACAAAAACAAGUUUUUGGAGCGAAAGGAAUGGAAGAGCUUCCGAACGAUGGUGGCCAACAACCCGCAGCUGCGCAGGUGCGGCAAGAAACUGCCGAGGUACUGUGAUAUCAACAACGAUCGUGAGAUCAGCAUGACGGAAUGGCUCAGCUGUCUCAAUGCCCAGCGGCCGGCUACUGCUGACAGCUCGAUGGAAAAGGCCUCGACGUUGAAGCCCAAAAGAAUGGGUCCCAACCCACUCGAUCAGUUCCUUAACGACGACGAUUGAAAGCCCGCGCGACUAGCGCCGGAUACCUACCACGAAGAAGGCGAAUCAACUACGUGCGACGCGCUUCAAACAUGUGAUAAGGCGGCCGAAAGCAGCGGCGACGAGUCGCGCGGCCGGCCGCUAUGUGUGACUUCCAUCUCUAUAUGUAAUAACGAUCUCGCGAAAUACUGGACUUUUAUGAUAAUACGUUUUUACCAGUUCAACCGACCUUUCUCACUCUCAAUUUUAACGCAUCCCCGUCUCUUGUUGUUUUAGAAUUUAUUAUUAUUAUUAUUAUUAAUAUGACUAUUGUUUAUUAGCGUGCUAGAUUUUUAAUAUGCAUCAUUGUAGAAUGACGGAUUGACGGCCGACAUACGCAAAGCGAUUCACCCCGACUUUCAUUAAUAUUAGUAUUACGCAACAAACGAAUACACCUUUAUCGUCGUAUUAUGCGUGAAUCGUUGUGCCGUCUUGCAAGUAUUUAUCUGUACCACGAUCCACUUCGAUGAUAGGUCAGCAAUGUGUAUGUAAUUAAAUAUAUGUAUGCUUUAGCCGUAUGUGGUGCACACGAGUAUUAUACGACGAUGUACACACGAUAGUAUGUAUGUACAUAUUUAUAUGUCUAAUUUAGCUUCUAAACACACUCAAUGGAAAUACUAUAUUAUUACUGUGCGGUGCUACGUGAAGAGAUCACUCAUACUCAAGCUAACUGAUGAGAAAAAUGUAUCAAACUAUAGUAGUUCCUUAAAAUACGUUACGACUCGUUGAGCCUUGCUAAAAAAAAGUCUGUAGAGAACUUGCACACUCUGCAGAACUCUGCAAAGACCGUCGCUCCACAGAUCUCUCCAGACUUUCUUGCUCUUUUUUUUGCUCCACGAAUCUCUACAGAUUUUUUUUUCGUAAGUGAUUCGUACUCUUUUUGCAGUUUAUUUAAUAUAAACAUUAUAGAUUUCAUAAACUAUAGGCUACAUCUCACUCAAAUAAAAGAUGAUCAAAAUAUAUGAAUCACAGAAGUGUCCUUAUAUUGUAUUACAUAAUUACUAUGAAGAACAUUUUUUAAAUUAAUUUCCAUAAAGCUAUCAAGAUAAACAAAUCUAUUUGUAUAGAGUAAUCACUACCAACGUCUAUUCUAAAGUAUAUUUUUCAAUUAAAAAGACAUUUACACAUAGUAAACCUAUAAUCUAGAAAAAUAUAGUUUUUUUUUUAAUAAAUGAUUAUAUUUUAUGGUUAAUGUAUAUUUUUAUUAAAUACGUAAGUUGUAAAUAAAAUGAAUUAG